AGUUCCCAUGAGAAUGGCUUCAUGGAGGACUUGGAUAAAACCUGGGUCCGUUAUCAGGAGUGUGACUCCAGAAGCAAUGCACCAGCCACGCUUACUUUCGAGAAUAUGGCAGGCGUGUUUAUGUUGGUGGCUGGUGGUAUCGUUGCCGGGAUCUUCCUCAUCUUCAUUGAGAUUGCAUACAAACGACACAAGGAUGCGCGCAGGAAGCAGAUGCAGCUGGCUUUUGCAGCAGUUAACGUCUGGAGGAAGAACUUACAGGUACAGCUGCCUCCCAUCCCCCCAAACUCUUAUGAGAAACUGUCAGAGCCAAAAACCAGUCCAGUGGUUUCUGCAACAGUACAAAGAAGUCUCAUAGAUUUCUUCUAG